UCUUUCCUCAANAAUUCGUGAAAUUAAUUAGCCAAAUCUGUUGUGCCACCUAUCGGUAUAUAUAUUUAUCGGAGUUAUAAAAUUGAUGUUAUUGUUUAUUAGGAGUAGUCUGAUGUUCUUAUUACACCAACAAUGCUGCAGUAUAUAACAUGUACAGGGCUAAUGCAGAUUAUCUUGUUGCGUUUGGUACAUGGUGGGAUAGCUGCUGCUGCCGCAUGUAAAUCAGGCAUGCCGAACCAAAAUGUUAAGUCAAUUGAUGCAAUAGUCCCGUCAGCAAUAUGUUUACCCGAUGAAUGUAUUCCUGGUAAAAAGUGUGAACCGGAUCAAUUUGACGCACAGAAGAUUGAAAGAUUGGCAGAAGAUUUUCUAACACAGCAUUUUCUCCCACUGUUAUGCAAAGACCCAGUCGAUAACAAAAAACUAGGCAUCGGUCUUGUAUAUAUUAAAAGUUCGUAUCCAGAAGUUGCUGUUAGUUUCUUCAAUGAUUUGCUGUUGAACAGUCCAGUUGACACAAACACUUGUGCUGCAUUUUAUUUUAUGAGGGGAAUUGCUUUCAACCAGCUUGGCUUAGAUGGCGAAGAAAAUUCUCAAAAUUCAAUAUCUGACUUCACACAAGCACUUGAGUUAGCUGAAAGAAAAGACCAGCUGAAAAUCUAUGAAACAAGAGCUGAGGUAUAUUCUAAACUAAAUGAUCACUACCAUGCAUACAAGGACUAUAGUGAAGCAAUCAACAUUCUGCCAUCAUUUAGACUUUACCUUGAACGGGCAAUCUGUCUUGUAUUUAUGGAAAAAUACAUUGAGGCAUAUGAAGACCUUAAAAUUUCCACGCGUAUGCAACCCCAGCAACCCCUUGCACUACAUUACAUGGCAACAUGUUUGUUCCACAUGCGAAGAUAUCCUGAAGCAUUAGAAAGUUUCAAAGCAGUUCUUGCAUUGAAAGAAAAUGAUGUAGAUAUCUUGAAUGCCAUUGCUUUGACUUACAGGGAAAUGGGUGAUUUUGAUUCUGCAUUUGAUUUCAUUGAGCAAUCUAUAUCUGUCAACCCUACAUCUUCUGAAACUUACCAGAGGAAGGGGGAGUUGCUUUAUAAGAGGGGAAAGGUGGAAGAAGCUCUUCAAGCAUUUAAAUACUGUGUCUCCUUGUCACCAACUAAUGACAUAUGUCAAUACAUGAAAGGAGUAUGCCAUGCUACACUUGGACAAUUCUAUUCUGCUAUAAAAGAAAUAACUAAGGGGACAACAGAGCGUGUUGUGCUAACAGCUGAUGGCAACUACUUGUACCCACCCACUAUAUUUCUAAGAGAAUUUUGUCGCUACCUCCAUUCACAUUUGGACGACAACAGACACGAGGUAAACCCGGAUAAAGAUCUAAAUGCAAGUUUCAGGGAGAAUUGGUCAAAAUCAACAAGGAAUUUUCUAAAGAAUUACACAGAGCAACCAGGACUGCAACCCCAUGUAAAAGAUGUUUCUGCCAAAGACUUCCAGGAACUGCCAGCAGUAACUAAACGUCUAUUAUGUCAGGCUCAUCAACUUGGUAGGCAUCUGUAUGAUCAGGGUGUUUACGAGGAUGAUGGAAUUAUCGGAAAUCUUCGUUUGUUCACUGCGUCCGGUUUAGCUGCCAUAGAAAUAUCACAGAUUAUACAGGAAUAUUGGAAAUCUCCAAAAAGUUACAGAAACAAAAAUGGUGAGAAAUUUACUUGGAGAGAUGCAUUUGAUAUUGCGAUCCAAUGGAUAAGGUUAUACCGCAUGGAGCAACCAGUCUUCUGGGUUGACACGCCGACAGAUUUCUCAUCUCCUCACAUACACAGGAUUGCUUUACUUCAGAACAAUGAAACUCUGUUCAGAUAUGAUGAUUACUUACCCACAAUGCUUAAGAAGCUAUCCGAGGAAAUACCGACAAGUGAAGAAAUUCCUUUCAAUCACUCACAUCCCGUCAGUCAGUUUUACAAAGUUUUCUUACACGCACAGGAUAAAUGGUCUGGUGACAACAGAGGUGCUUAUGUGGUAACAAACAACGAUCAUAUAAGCAUGAAGGAUAGAGAGCAGAAGGCAUUAGACGCAUAUUCAUUACUUCUUAAGCUUGACAACGAGGAGAAAUUAAUGCUGAUGAUGGACCAGCAGUUAACGUGGGCGAAGAGUCAACAAUAUCACGCAGAGCUUGAUUUCCUGUGGCAGAAGAUUAUUGAUGAGAAAAGGAAGUUACCAAACACCUCUCCAACUACACUGGCACCAGACUCUCUUAUUGAUCUUGUUUUAUCUUUGGGUUAUUACUUCAUCAACCUGAUGCCUGUGUCCAGAUCCACAGCCAUGGUGGCUCAAUGUACAACCGCUGGUUUGCUGCUUGGGCUUGGUAGGGAAACGGUUGGGAGAGCUCCUAUUAAGAAGGAAGUCCUCAUGGAGGCGCUAACGAGUCGUGGUCCUGAAGCUUUCUGCAGCAAGAUUCGUUCGUGGCAUUCUAUCAAGAAAGCCACCAGCGCCCUCACGCACUUGGAGAGCGUGUCUGAUCGUUUCCAGACUUACCGACAGAUGAUUAAAGCUUUGCAUUAUGACCUCCCGACCUCUUGUACUUCGUACAGGUCACCAUAACAAACGUACACCGUUAUUUAAACUUCCAAUCAUGGAUUCAAUUAAGAAGUUGUUCAACUUUACCCUCCCUUUGUAAUCUAUGAAGAAACAGAAUCGUGUUUUAAACAACAAGUUUCAUCUUAUUUUCCUCCAUAUACAAUGUACACUCUUUUUAUACGGAUCCUUUGUACUGCAUUUUCACUGUGUUUCAAAUACAAAAACCUUCAAUUAG